GGAGUCGUCGUCGUCGAUCACGGCUCGCGCCGCGCGGCGUCGAACGAGCAGCUCGAACGGUUUGCGGCGCUGUACGCGACGGCGACGGGACGCGCCGUCGUCGAGCCGGCGCACAUGGAGCUCGCACCACCGACGAUCGCAGAUGCGUUCGAGCGGUGCGUCGAACGAGGAGCGAACGUGGUCGUCGUGGCGCCUUUUUUUCUGUCGCCGGGACGACACUGGCAGGAGGACAUACCGAGACUGGUGGACGAGGCGGCGGCGGCGCACCCUGGGGUGAAGUAUUUAAUCUCUGCACCGAUAGGGUUGCAUCCGCUUAUGGCGGAGGUGAUCGAUUCGCGUUUGAGGCAUUGUUUAGCGCACGUGAAUGAAGGUGGACCAGAGUGUGAUGUUUGUGCGGGGUCA